AACGAUAUUAUGUGAGAAGGCAGACAUUUUGAGUGGUUUUAAUGUGUCGUGCACGUUAUUGCAAGAAAGUACAAAAGUCAAGAGAAAAAGGCCCUAAUUAAGGCUUGAAGGAUUUAUCGAAAUCAUUCUCUCGAAAACGAGGUGAAAUUUCUUCUGAGGAGAGCUGAAAAACGCUACGAUCAUUCCUAAAGGAAUCGCUUAUUCUAAUUGAUUGACAUAUAAUUACACAAAUCUGUGACGUCACAAAGAAAAAAACACGAGAAAUUGCUCGAUUUUCCGGGAGAGCCUCAAAAGAUACUUUAAACUUUGGCCGAAAAAUCGCCGAAUAACUCGACUUGGAUUGAAUUCAACUCAACUCUUAGGAAUAUAAUAAAAUGGAAAACGAAACAAAUCAACCAGCAUUAUGCCGUAAUGGUUGUGGUUUCUAUGGUAGCCCAUCAAAUGAAGGAAUGUGCUCAAAAUGUUUUAAAGAUGUUUUACGGCGUAAGCAAUCAUCGCCAACAGCUACACCAAGUUCCUCAAGUACCAUACCAGCCAGUGUUGAAGGUUCAAGUAGCACUACUAGUAUGGAUGGUGCAGUAGCAAUGGCUGCCUCCUUGUCAUCRUCCUCAUCAAUGUUAUCAUCUAUACCUUGUACUAGCAUUGAUAAUAAAACAAUAGAUGAUAGACAGCCAAAAGUGGUUGAUAUUGAAGCUGGUCCAUCGGAAGAUCCAAAGGAUAAAAGUAAAACAAAACGAAAUAGAUGUUUUACAUGCCGCAAGAAAGUUGGUUUAACUGGUUUUGAAUGUCGAUGUGGAAAUGUAUUUUGUGGGUUACAUAGAUAUUCAGACAAGCAUGGAUGUACAUUUGACUACAAAGCAGAAGGACGAGCUAAGAUCACCAAGGAUAACCCUGUAAUCCUGGCUGAAAAAAUACAGAAGAUUUGAUCAGAGGACAAGUAAUUGAAUAGAGUUUAGAUGAAAACAACUGCAAUACAAAGUUUGUUAAUGUUUCAUAUCAUUGACAAGGAACUGUAGAUGGGAGUCCUCAUGGAUCACUUCUUUUUUGAAGGAAAAAGACUCCUUGCAAACACUACUAGAAAUAAUGGUGAUGGCUUCAAAUCAGAAGCUAAAAAUCUGCAAAUCCUUCUUACUUGCUUGUUGUUUUUUCCUUCUUCCUUGUCUGGGGGAUUUUAUGAAGUCUUCUCAAAUUCUCAACUACAAUGGAAACCUAAAAAAAACGGAAUUUCUUCCUUCUUUGUCAGCUGAGAUAAUCAUUGCAGUCUUCUCAAAUUCUCAGCUUCAAUGGAAACCUGAAAAACUGGUUUUGAUAACUGGUUUUACCUGUUUAUACUACAGUUAUUGAUUAACUGGGGUAAGGGAUACACAAAACAACGUCUGUCAUUAUAUAUUGAAUAAAUAUUGGUAAUAAAGUAAUAAAUUAUUUAAGAAUAAGGCACUUUUUACUAGGAUUCUUGUUCUGUUUUCUAUAUUUUUCAAAUCUAAUAUUAAUAUUUUUAAUUUUGAGUUGGGUAGGGUAAAUAGUUUAUGAGUUCAAGAGCAUGGUAGUCUGUCUAAAAAGUGCCUUGUUUAAAUGUUUCAAACAUAGGUAAGACAUAUUUGAUAAAAAAUAUAAAUAGAUAGCUGAUUUCUGGGUAAUUUGACUUGUUAGGUGCAAUCAUGGGUCUUUCUUGUGCUGCAACCAUGCUGACUAGAAUAAUAGAUUUUCACAUUCAAGUGCUUGAGAAUAAAUUUAUGUGGGCUAAACAGGUUCAUUUUCAUGAUAAUAAACAUGGCUGCGGCAUGAGUAAAGCCCUUUGGUUUACUGUUUUUAUACUAUUAUUGACUCACCAUAUGGGGGGAGGGGUACAACUGGAUGACUCACUAGGGGUGGGGUUGGGAUGCACACUUACAGGGGAGGGGUGAGCAAACUGCUCUGUAAAGUUAAAUUUUUGAAGCUGAACUAUAAUUAAUGAUUAUUGCAGUUAAAUGCAUAUCCUUGUACAUAGCAAUAUUAUAUAGCUCUUAUUAACCACGUUUAAGGUCUGUGCCAUAAGUUAUGGACCAAGUUUUUCCAAAUACCUUAUGACCCAAGCAUGUAGCGCAUGGGCCAUGAAAGAGUUGGGGAAAUGAGUUCUAUAACUAACCUACGGACGGAGCAAAUUAGGUUAAUUAGGUGUUUAUUAUGUGGCAAGGCAAACACAAGAAAAGGACUUUGUGUUUCAUACUGUAAGUUAUGGACUGUGAAUUGGCCAAUGAAAGUGCUCCAAAUUACCUUGCCAUAUAAUAAGCAAGCUAAUUGACCCUUCUCAAAAAUAUCCUGAAUGCGAAGCUAACGUUAAAAAAACAAAAGAAUUCACACUUUUCUUGAUGGAAUUUGUGGCAUUUCUUUUGUUUUUUCAUGUAAGCCUCAAGAUAAUUUUGAGAAGUCCUUAUCGCUGCCAAGUUCGUAGUAAUUAAAAUAGCGUAGAUCUUUUAGACCUUUUCUGAGAUAGAGAACAUGGUGCAUUGUGGUCAAGCUUGGGUACAAACAUCUUUUGUCCAUCAUGCCUUAUAUGGUGUUGUUUGUACCAAAGCUAGACCCCAAUGCAUCCUGUUUAUUGAACUCGGAAAUGGUCUAUUGCACAGUGCAAUACUGUAGACUCUGUGUGACUGUGUGACUCUGAAACAAUCACAGCAUGGCAAUGUUUGUUGAUCUUCAUACAAAAUCUGAUUUACUCUAUUAAAACAGAAAUGACUACAAGUCAUUUGGCCAUUCUGUAGUUAGGAAAGAAACGAUGUGUUCUAGAAGGUUCUAUUCCCAAGACAGAAUCUAUUUAGUCCCCUAAACCUUGCAAUGGAUUAUAUGUUAAAGUGCUUUUCCAGCUGGUUUUCUAGCAUGUUACUAUACUACACUAUGCCCAGUAAAUGACAAUUAAUAAGACAGAGUCAUCUUGAUCUCACCUGUGCAAAGUCUGAUUACCGUCACACUAAUAGUCAUAGUCAUGAUAAAUAUUUGCUGUUCGCUCAUGUGAAAAUGCUUUUGUGUUUCUAUGUGAACACGAGGCUAGUCAGUCACUAGUCAGUGUAGAACAAUAGUUAUUCAAAUUGGUCACCAUAUUAGAUUAGCCGUGUGACGAGAUUUCAUAAGGUGUAAUCCAAGAGUUAAGAACUUCAAACUUAUAAUGCUGCCUUUAUUGUUUUCUGUAUUAUAAUUCCAAAUUUCCAGUCAAUAUUAUUAGAGCUUAUUAUCCAUAAUUAAUAGAUAGUUAAUAUUAUCCUAAUUGUUUAUCAGAUGUAUGCUAAGUGCAUGUGCUUGAUUCAGUUUGGUUGGGUGAACUACUUGCUAUGAAUAAAUACCAUCAAAAUGUUGCGUUUACUUUAAUAUUACAUUAAAACAUUUUUACAAACUUU